CUAUUGUGAACUAUUCAAAAAAAAAAAAAAGAAAAAAAAAACUUUACUAUUGUGAAGAAAUUAGUAUAAUCAUGAAUUUCCGCUAAGAUUUGAACUCCAUCAACUCAAAUUAAGAGUGUUUGUUAGUGAAUAAUGUUACAAAAUUUAUAUAAUUAUUGAAAAUACCAUGUUGAAUUACUAUUAUUUUGAGUGCAGAAGAAAGAAGAAAAAUCAGAAAUGGGGAGAGGGAAGAUAGAUAUAAAGAGGAUAGAGAACACAACGAAUCGACAGGUAACAUUUUGCAAGAGAAGGAAUGGAUUGUUGAAGAAAGCUUAUGAGUUAUCUGUCCUCUGUGAUGCUGAAAUUGCCCUCAUCGUCUUCUCUAGCCGCGGCCGAGUUUACGAGUUCUCCAACAACAACAUAAGGUCGACAAUAGAGAAAUACAAGAAGGCAAAUUCAGAUGGCACAAACACUGUUACAGAGAUUAAUGCUCAAUAUUACCAACACGAAUCCGCAAAGUUGAGGAACCAAAUACAGAUGAUGCAAAACUCUAACAGAAAUCUGAUGGGUGAAUGCUUGAGUUCCUUGACUGUAAAGGAGUUAAAGCAAGUUGAGAAUCGACUUGAAAGAGGCAUCUCAAGAAUUAGAUCGAAAAAGCAUGAGGCACUACUUGCUGAAAUCGAGUUUUGUCAGAAAAGGGAGGCAGAGCUUGAGAAUGAAAACUCGAUUCUCCGAGCUAAGAUAGCUGAAGUUGAGAGGCUCCAACAGCUAAACAUGAUGCCAAGUGAGACUUUGGAUUUUGUUAAUCCUUUCGUGCCACGAGAUCACUUACUUGCAGAAAACAUGCUACAGAAUUGUUCUGAAUUUGCUAAUAAUUCUGAGAAGAAGCUGUUUCACCCAAGGUGAAUCAAAAAAUGCAGGCAACUCAGAACAAGUUCAGGCGAAAAAUGGAACUUGAAGCUUCUGCCUUGAGGUUCAACGUGUUUGUUGUUGCAACAAGGAUUGCUCUAUCUUCAUUAUCUUACUUAUAGGUCGUAAAAUAAGAGUUAUGAUAUAACUUUCUCUUUUAAAUUAGCAAACGCGAUUGAUAAUUACUGUACCUGUUUAUUUUAAGGUCCUGACAAUUGUUACCUCUUGUUUUCUAGAAUAAUAGCCAGGUUAUAUGUACAAUGAUCAGCCACUAACAUAAAGCUGAUAAUACAAUCUUUACAGAGAAUACAGACUCAAUUUAGCUGUUCA